ACUCAUCCAUAUCAAAGAACAGAAAGAGAGAGAACGAAGAAAGCUAGUUGAAAUGAAGAGUAGUAGGAGAGAUAUGGAGAAGAGGUCGGAGAUUAGCUGUGCAAUUGAAGAGCUUUCUGUGGUGGUUAUAGUGAAAAAUCAUGAGUCUCCCCACAUUCCCAUCAAACCUUUCCUCUCUAUAUGUUAUUUGGUUCUACAAGUUCUAGAUAAGAUAGGUCCAUCAAUGGCUGUUUUGAGACAAGAUGUAUACCAGAAUAUUAAGAGACUAGAACUGAUGCAUGAAACAAAUCCCUCUGUGAAUUCAAAUGUGGUUGAAAUUUUGAAAUCAGAAGUCAGAGAAGGCAAUGCACGAAACGGGUCUAACUGCACUAAGGCCUUUGUUUGGCUUACUAGGGCUCUGGAUUUCACCUCUUCACUAUUACAAGCACUACCAAAAGAUCCAGAAAAGAAUAUGAAGCAACUAGUGGAAGAGUCUUAUGAUAUAACUUUAAAACAAUGGCAUGGGUGGAUUUCAUCAUCUGCUUUUAGAGUGGCCCUAAAACUAAUCCCAGAACGUAAGACUUUCAUGGAUCUCCUUAAGACAGAAGAUGAAAACCAUGAUACCCUAAAAGAGAAAAUGCAGAUAUUGGCUUCCUUGUUUGUGCCUGUUCUUGAGGACAUCCAUUGUGUUAUAAGAUUGUAUAACCUGGACACCAUGAAGUCAACGUAGUGUCAAACUUAUGUUUUGUGUAUUUGUCUUCCUUUAAGUUGUAAUAUAAAUAAGUUGUAUUCUAAAAUGGAGUUGUCUAAGAUACAAAUCAAGUGUUGUAUAUAUGGAAAAAGAAUGUUCAGUAAGGAACUUCUUUCAAACUCUUCAUCUACAAAUUUCUGUAUCACAAACUGGAUUGGACGGGUAAAACCUUAGCAAUAGGACCUGCCCAAUACGUGCUUGUAGAGGGAGAUUCCCCUCAAGACGACAUAGGGUUGUGACGAGCAGAAUCUAUCAAGUGGGCUCAAGGGCGAGCUAUCAAUAUUCAGAUCUUGGGAGCGCCCUUCGAUGGAUGCUUAUAAAGGCGCUCCCCCUCGCACUCCUGGAGGGGCGGCCUCCUAGCUUAAGGCCUAAUCCUGUUAAAGUGAGUUUUGGCUUAGACAUCAGCUUGUAAGGGCUCUUUGGCUGAUUGUAUGAGGUCCAAGAGUCCAGCUAGGUUUAAGAUUUAGGCUUUGGCUCCUUCCCACUAUAAAGGGAAGAUCCUAUCUUGUAAUUGGGGUUGGCUCAUUUUUAUACACUAAGGCGGCUAGGUUGUUAGGGA